UGAAAUCAGUGAGUGCAGUGAUAUGUGAGAUCGUGCAUUUUAAUUCCUUCUGGUUUUAAACAUUAAUUUCACUAUGUGAUUCGUAGAAAUAAUUAUAUUAGUAAACCGUCGCUAUUUCGAAUAUGCAUACUAAAACAGUAUGACAUGUCUUCAAAUUUUUAAAGCGCUGUCGCGUGCGACCACUGAUGUCAAAAAGAAGUGAUGGUCUUCGGUCUUCGUGAAGUUUUACGAUUUUUAUGAAGAUUUACGAUAAAAGGAAAGAAGGAAUAUAAACUUGUAUAAACUUUAUAUUUUGGAAACGCAUAAAUGCACACAUCAAGGUUAUCGAUGUGAUAUUUUGUACGUGUUCGAAAACCUAAGAAAGAAUAAUAAAUGCACAAGACGAUCAUGUCGUGCGAUUUGACAUCGGCUCAAAAAAUUAAAAAAUCUAAUGUGGAGAAAGCUAUAAAAAUGAUAACAAAAUGUAGCAAUAAUAAAAAACGGCGAAAGGAUAUGGAAGAAAUGGCUGACGAUCGUAAAACUCAUUAUUGCAAGAGUUUCCAGGGUAGUAGAAGAAGCAGAACAUCACUUGUAGGAUUUUCAAAAAGUCUAGCACUGUCGGAGAUGCAAUCGUACAUCACUCAUCAAGAUUGGAAGCAUGCAUUAAGUUUAUUUCCUAAGCUUCUCGAAUAUCCAAUUGAAUUAGAACCUUUAGUAUGGCGAUAUGCAUUUAUCAUUUUAUUGCACACGAAUGAUCCGUCACAUCUCCGGCAAUUCUUCAAGCAAUGUAUCGGUAACCAUAGUUCAGAUAAUAGCAUAAUGUUAGAAAGAUUACUGACAUUACCUCUUAAGGAAUAAACAAAUUUCAAGAUAAAGCUUUGUAUUAUAUAUUCAUGUUAAGUCAAUAUGUAUCAUAUGUGUGUUACGUACAAAAACCUUUGUACAAUAAUUUUAUUACAUACAAUUAUAUACUACAUAUUCUGCUAUUUA